AUGUACCGAAGGUACUCCGAGAUCAUGGCUGAACGAGAGCGAGCAAACGCCACGCAGUUCAUCAAAAAGAAGGUGACACCGACAGUCCCCGAUGAGCCGGCUUUCUUAAAGCACGUCACCACCCGCACACCGGUCUAUGCCUUCAACGAAGCCAUUCAUGACCGUCCUCUCAAUGAUAUGGGCAAGGCCAGUGGAGGUAUGCUCGAAGUUUGUUGGGGGGCGCUCGGUGCCCAAGCCUCAUUCUUGGCGGGGGGGGGGGGGUGGGGGGGGGGGGGGGGGGGGGCCCCCCCCCCCCCCCCCCCCCCCCCCCCCCCCCCCCCCCCCCCCCCCCCCCCCCCCCACCCCCCCCCCCCCCCACACACAAUGGGGACCCCCCCCCCCAUAUCUUGGCGGCCUCCAUCCGGAUUUUGCUUCCCUGCGCAAGAUGCGGCCUCGGCCAGUGCAGGCGUAUGUUACUAUGGCGCCUGCGAGAAAGAAGGACCAAGCUGCUCGCAGCCCAGAAUCGCACUGUGUAGACAGCACGUGGCCCCUUUCGAUUUUUGUGGCGUGAGGCUAGCUCCAAGCGGGAGGCCGAGAAGCAAACCACAGCUUAAAGAGCAUAGGACCGCAGGGACGCCGAAUGUGCACUCCAUAGGCGAGACUGGUUUCUUGCAAGCUGACCCCGUGGCCCUGCCAGUUGCAAACCAUUACUGA